AUGGACAUGGGAGCCGACGCCCUGCCCAGCCCUGAAGAGGCCGCCGCCGCCGCCGCCUUCGCAGAGGUGACCACGGUAACGGUGGCCAAUGUGGGGUCCUCUGCGGACAAUGUCUUCACGACGUCAGUGGCCAACGCGGCGUCUAUCUCAGGACACGUUCUGUCUGGCAGGACAGCCCUUCAGAUUGGGGACAGCCUGAACACCGAAAAAGCCACGCUGAUUGUUGUCCACACAGACGGGAGCAUCGUGGAGACCACUGGCCUGAAGGGUCCAGCAGCCCCCCUCACCCCAGGUCCUCAGUCUCCUCCAACUCCUCCUGCUCCUGGCCAAGACAAAAGUGGAACCAAGUAUAACUGGGACCCGUCUGUGUACGACAGCGAGCUGCCCGUGCGGUGCCGGAACAUCAGUGGCACCCUGUACAAGAGCAGGCUUGGCUCAGGAGGCCGGGGGCGGUGCAUCAAGCAGGGGGAGAACUGGUACAGCCCGACCGAGUUCGAAGCCAUGGCUGGCAGAGCCAGCAGCAAAGACUGGAAGAGGAGCAUCCGCUACGCGGGCAGGCCCCUUCAGUGCCUCAUCCAGGAUGGGAUUUUAAACCCGCAUGCUGCCUCUUGCACCUGUGCCGCCUGCUGUGAUGACAUGACUUUGAGUGGUCCAGUCAGGCUCUUCGUGCCUUACAAAAGGCGCAAGAAGGAGAACGAAGUGCCCACAGCCCCCGUGAAGAAGGACCCCUCGAAGAACAUCACGCUGCUUCCAGCAACAGCUGCUGCCACCUUCACCGUGACCCCCUCGGGACAGAUCACUACCUCUGGGGCACUGACCUUUGACCGUGCGUCCACUGUGGAGGCCACCGCUGUCAUAUCGGAGAGCCCGGCCCAGGGCGACGUCUUUGCGGGAGCCACGGUGCAGGAGGCUGGUGUGCAGCCCCCCUGCAGGGUCGGCCACCCCGAGCCUCACUACCCCAGCUACCAGGACGGCUGCCAGAUUGCACCAUUUCCAGAAGCUGCGCUGCCAACAUCACACCCCAAAAUAGUGCUGACCUCCCUGCCUGCCCUGGCCGUCCCACCCUCCACCCCCACCAAAGCUGUGUCCCCCACGGUGGUCAACGGGCUGGACAUGUCAGAACAGCGGAACUGGUUGUACCUGGAAGAGAUGGUCAAUUCUCUGCUCAAUACGGCGCAGCAACUGAAGACAGUGUUUGAACAAGUCAAACAGGCCAGCUCCUACCGAGAAGCUGCUAUGACCCAGGCCAAACUUCAGGCUGAUGCUGAGCGGAAAGAGCAGUCCUGCAUCAACUGCGGCCGGGAGGCCAUGAGCGAGUGCACAGGCUGCCACAAGGUCAACUACUGCUCCACGUUCUGCCAGCGCAAGGACUGGAAAGACCACCAGCACAUGUGUGGCCAGUCAGCAGCUGUCACCGUCCAGGCGGAGGAAGUGCACGUUGCUGACAGCGUGAUAGAGAAAGUCACUGUGUGAGGGGCUGCACCGGCCACAGUGGGAGCCAGGCCUCUGCACUGCCCUGAGGCUGUUGCAGGUCGAAGACUCCCUUGGACACUUUGUGGGGGGACAUUGAGGAGAAGUGGCAUUGCGGGAAGGUGGAGAGACUUGCCGGCAGCAUUACUAACAAACUCCUGAACUGUGCCCUUAGACGUGGACUCCUCCCCCCUGGAAACCCAGAGCAAGGCUAGUGGCCUCGUAAGGAUGGGCCGCCCUGCAGCGGCCAGGGAGAUGCCGGCCAGAGAGACGCCAGCUGGGGCGCCUGCCCUCUCGGUGCUCUUUUCUAUCCCUUGGAUCACGAGCAUCCAGUCUUGCCCACAGGUGUGCCCUGUGCAGUGACACAUGUACAUAUGUGUUAUGUCUGACGCGUGUACAUACAUGUCGUAUCUGUCAGUAAAGUUGUAAAUAGUC